AUGAAGUCUGCCAAUGAUGCUAAGAAGGAGCUGAGCCUUACGGUCUCCACGUCGACUGUCCUUCGUACAAUUCAACGUUUUGGAGUUAUCGUUCGUCAAAUCAUGAAACCGAUUCCUAAAAUGACCGAUAACCAUAAAGCGUUGAAUUGUACGAAGGACAGUCGACGUGGAGACCGUAAGGCUCAGCUCCUUCUUAGCAUCAUUGGCAGACUUCAUAGAGUUGGAUACAGUUCGUACCACUGCACGUUCAUCGCGAUCAUUGAGUGUUUUUGGUCGUCCAGGAGACUUUGUCACGCCAUACGUUAUCGGAUCACGCAAGAAGUUGAUGAUGCAUUUCCUUGAUCGGCCCAAACGACGAGACAUAUCGCUAUGAUUGAGUCCCAAUUGAUCCAUAAGCUUUACUUGAUCCUGUUCGGAUUGGGUCAGCAGAGUAGAGCGUCCUAUUUUGAGAAAGGAGUGAAUGAGAGUACUUUAGGAGAAUCCCAAAUAUUAAUUCAAGUGAAUCCCAAAUUCUGGUGAAGCCUGCACAUCAUCCUUCUUCUGAAGCCUGCACAUCACACUGGAUGCUGUAGUAAAACUUUGGUACUACUGUAACUCCAACAAAAUAUGAAUAAAUAAAACAAAAAAACAUCAAAAGCAUAAUUAAAAAUCAAAAAUAAGUUAUAACCCAGAGAAAAAGUUAAGAAUUGAAUGAAAGUGUAUGAUUUUUUGAGGGGUGUGCUAUCUUUAUGACGCGCCUGUUUUAACGACUUUUUGGUACCCUAGUCUUAUUUUUUGCGUGGGAUACCUAGAAAAUUGGCUACGUAGGUUUUUUUAGGCGUAGAAAACAAUGGCAAUCACCAUUUUCCGUCAUAUUCUUUAGUUCUCUCCAUAUCGUCAAAAUAGGGGGGUGUGCUAUCAUUAUGACGCGCACUGUAUGCUCGCAUCACAGGACGAAUAUUUUCUUUCAGAGCUGCUUCAAAUGCCUAAUAAUCUUCUCCGACGUCAUCAUCUUCCGGAUGCACAUGGUGUCUCACGGAUCCAAUGCAUCAACUGCUUGGCAAUGCACAAUGUGCCGAACAGAAUGCUCGAAUCGCCGGAGGUUCCAGUCCCACUCGAUCGGCUCUGCUCAUUCCCUUAUUCCCGACGGAGUGACGGUUCCCUUUUCAGUCCCCUGGUCUUCCGGGCUGCCGGAUUUGAUGUCGUUGUGCUCUUUGCCGGAACAAGAUCAGGAGGCAACAGAGGAAAAGAAGUAGGUUUCAGGUAUUUUUCAAGUUUUAACUCAUUUCUCUGGCUAUUUCAGAGUGGCAAUCGGAGACAAAGAUUCAGAUCUGUCCCCAAAAGAUGAGCAAGGACAUUCUGGAGACCAUGCACCAAAGAAACAAUCACACUCUCACGAAGUCUAAUCCACCCAAACCCCGAAAAAAUUCAGUAAGUUGAUUUCUUUAGAUUUCCACUGAAUCUUCAUUACUUUCAGUACAACCUCGAUUCCAGUAAUUCCAACCAUCUCCAUUUUUGA